UGAAAAUAUCAAAAUGUAUCACAAAAAGCGGACAAUGGUUAAACAGAAAAUGUUCAGCUGAGAAAUCUAUUCAGCCAAUUGGGUGUUGGACCUACAUAUAAAUAUACAUUUACUUUUUUGUAAAGGUUUCCACCAUGGAUGGCUUAGAUGAAGGAGCCUCAGUUGGUGAAGGGUCCCCUGAAUCUGCUGAUGGUGACACCACUGAUACACAAACAUCACAAGAUCCUUCAAAUGCAAAAAACAGAUCAAAGAGAAAGCCAUCAAAAACACAGAUCAAACACAUUGCACCCAAAGAUAAUUGUGACACAUCUAAGUAUGGCACUCAGAACAUGGAAGAUCUAUUUAAUGAUGUUACACAAGGGAUAUAUCGCAGUACUCAGUCUCAGUUAGCAUUACAGUUGCAACCAUUAAUACCUCAAUCAGUUACUCCAGUAAAUACUCAAGCUGCACCAACAGUUCCUAAACGCAUACGAAGACUGUCCCAAACUUCAGCCGGGUCAACUUCCAGUAUUAGAUCAUUAUCUCGUCCCCCUCCUAGUUAUCCAUGUGGAAUAUGUGGAAAGGUUUUUCGUGUUCCAAGUCGAUAUGACAGUCACAUGCUAGGUCACAGUAAAGGGAAACCUUUUUGCUGCAACACAUGUGGCAAGAUGUUUUCUUCUCAGGACAAGCUUGACCACCAUCUUCCAGUACACAACACUGACCGCAAAGCUUCAUUUACGUGUGAAAGUUGUGGCAAGGUAUGUGUCAACUGGAGAGCAUAUUUGUAUCAUCUUAAAGCCAAACACACAGAAUCAGGGGGCAAGAGAUUUGCUUGUAAUAUAUGUGGUCGUCAAUUUCACACAGGUCAGAGGUUAAGGAAUCACAUGGCAAGUCAUGAGGUGGGGAAAAAUCACUGCUGCUCUGUCUGUGGUAAACUCUUUGAAAGUGGAAAGAAACUAGAUACCCAUAUAAUGGUUCACAACCUUACAAGUAAACAUGAUCAAAAUUUACAGUGUUCCGAUUGUGGACGUCAGUAUUCUGAAUGGAUUGCAUUUAAACAACAUAUGAAAACUCAUGGUGCUGAAGGUGUGCAGUAUCCUUGUGGGUUAUGUGAAAAGGUUUUCCCUACACAGUAUGAGAAAGAAAAGCAUAAACGUGUUCACAAGCAGGUUCAGUGUGAGUUUUGUGAGAGGUAUUUCAGGUCAGCAUCUGUGUUGUCUGUCCACCUUAGAAUUCACACUGGGGAGAGGCCUUACAAAUGUGGCUUGUGUGAGAGAGAUUUUUCCCAGGCUUCUGUUCUAAAAGUUCACAUGCGGACUCACAGGAAGGAGGGGGCGUAUGACUGCAAGCGUUGUGGCCAAAUGUAUACUGAUGUUAUGGAGUUCUUCAAACACCAUAUGGCACAUUUAGAAGAAGGUAAUCUGCAGUGCGAAGAAUGUGGUAAAAUGUUUGAAAGUAUUAAUAAUAAAAACCGGCACAUGGCAGCUCAUCGAGAUCGAGCAGGGAGGAUUUGUCAAAUUUGUGGCAAGGAAUUUGGCCGUGUCUCCCAUCUUGAGGCUCACAUGCUGUGCCAUUCAAACCAGCUUCCGUUACUUUGCAAAGUUUGUGGUAAAAUGUUCCCAUCAGAAGAGGUUCUCACUGCCCACUAUUCUACACAUAUGGGGAGUGAAUUAAACUCAGCCGCUCUUUUGCCUCCCACUAAAGGCCCUUUGUUUUGUGGACUGUGUGGGAAAAUGUUUAAGGGGCAGGUGUUUUUAAACAAUCAUAUGAAAAAACAUGAGAGAGAAGGCUUGGAUUCUAGAGGUGGAGAUGACAUAGUUGAUGAAGAUGUUGUUGAAGUAGAUGGCGGUGAGUUUUCCUGCUCCGACUGUGGUAAGACAUUUGAGAAAAAACACCACCUCACUGUUCAUCGCAGAGAACAUACAGGUGAGAGGCCACAUACUUGUAUUCUCUGUGGCCAGAGUUUCUCAUUGCGCAAACUUUUGUUAGAGCAUAUCAGUGACCACAAGCGGGCUGGUAUAAUGAUGUUCACUAGCCAAGACAGUUCAAUGUUAAAUUGUGAUAUUAUUCCCAGGCCAUCAGAUGACAGUUAUCUGGACAGUGAUACUUGUUCAGAGACUGAAAGUGAUCAUGAAGAAAGUGAAAAUACUCAUCUGAAACAUCAACCUCAGCAUAUCAAGUAUGAGCAUUCAGCCAUGUCAUUAAAUUCUGUUCCAAUUCAAAACAGUUCAUUCCAAGAAAACCAAUUCCCUAAACAACUCAACAGUUCUUACACAGAAAAAUCUUAUGUUGGAUCUCACAAUUCUUACUCAGAAAAGCUGUUUGUAGACACUCCCAAUGGCAUAUACCAGGAUAAACAUUACUCUAGACCAGCGGGUACACCUUAUUCAGACAAAAAUUUUGCGGCUAGUCCAGGAAGUUCUUAUUCAGAUAAAAGUUUUAUGAAUAACUCACAUACCCCUGCUAUAGAGAAAAAUUUUGCCACCAAUUCUACAGGUUCAUACACACAAAGCUCAGAUAACACCAUGAUGGAAAAGAGAUAUCUGGAAAGUCCAAAUCCAAUUUUCCCAGAUAAAAGCUAUAUUGAGAAUAGAAAAAUGUAUUUAGACGAUAACUUAAUAAAGAAAUCCCCAAUACAUAGUAGUGAUGAUCUUCAUCCAUAUGGAGUGUCCAGACAUCCGUAUGGCUUAACACUACAAUCAUCUAGCCUUCUCUCAAAUGACCAGCGGCAUUCAAGUCUUCAAGAUGGAGCUUUCAGUCAACCAGACAUCCACAUGGCACAUGACACCAUCUCCUCUGGUAUGCCCUUUUCACUUAAAGACUCGAGUUUGCACACUAGCAUUUCCAUGCUUCGGUCAGAGCCACAUUUAUCUACCAAUAUACAAAUGUCUGCUCGUGAUAUGGGUACCUACACGUUUUCCUACAACAGUAAAGCUUAUUUACCAUCAAGCUUGAACAGUUUACAACGGAAUUCAUUUCACGGAGGCUUCCAUGGUGCAUCAGGUAGAUUUGCAGCUGAUACCCAACUUACCAUGUCCUCUUUUCAGUUGCUUCCACAAACUGCUUUUCCUGAAAAUUCCCAUCCAGCGUGACAUUUUUGUAUGUGUUGGCUAAUGUUUGAAUUACUGAACUUUAUAAAUAGGCUUUUUCUUAUUUAAACUAGCAGCUAAAAUUAUAUUCCAACUCUACAUUUGGUUUUGUGGUUAGUUGUAUAUUGUUUGUCAUGUACCUCCAAUAGCCAGCAUAGAAACAUAACUGAAAGGAGUUCUGUACCCAUUUAGGAAAAAAAAAUAUAGGAGAUUAAACAAAAUGGGUUGAAAAAACUGUGUAGUCAUUCUUUAUUAGUGCUCUCACUGAAAUAUUUAAUAAAAGUAUUAUGUUUUAAAGAGUUUGAUUUAUAAACAUAACUUUUGUGACUGUGAAACUUUCAUUUCUAUACAAUGUUCUCCUCCCAUUUUUCUCCACAAUUUGUUCUCACUUGUAAAAUUGUCAACAUGAAUUAACUAUUUAGAGCCAGUAUUCACAUACCUUUUUAAAUAUUUUAUAGCUUUUGUUACUUUUGUUAAUUUAAAUAAUUACAAAGCAUUAUUUACUCCUGUUUCUAGGAGUAUAUGAAUGAUUUUUUUAAUACCUCUAUCUCAAAAGUAUGUACAUUUAUUAUGAUUUUUUCAACAAUACACAAAUUAUUGUUGUAUAGUUUGCUCAAGUAUGAUAUUAGUCCUUCCUUUCUGGCUCAAUACAUGUUAAUAGAUACUACUGAUAUUGAUUUUACUUCAUCUUCUAGCAUUAUAACAUUUUGUUGUGUAAACAGUUCAUUCCUACUGCAUUUUACUAUUUUAUAAUGCUGAUGCUACAGAACCUGGGAUUUUCACAAUUAUCAUUGUUGUAUUUAUUUAACCGAGGAAACGCAUAAUUAGAACUUUUUAAAAAUGUAAUAUUUUUUAAUAAUCAGAUAGAAGUAGAAGUGUUAAAGUCUGAUGUAAAGUCAGAUAUUUGAAUUCCAUAUUUGUUGCACAGUUUAACUUUAACAUUCUCAUGAUCUGAUAUAAAGCUAUUUGAAACUAGCAAAGAAAAUUGAUUCCUACAAAAUAUAUUACUAUGGGAAGGCAUGGCCUCGAGGUAUAGCACUAUACUGCUAACCCCAAAGUCUAGAGUUAAAAACUGGGUUAAAGUAAGUGGAACAUUCCUGAGUCCACCCAGCUCUGAUGAGUACCUAACUCACAUUGGGGAUAGAACAGGCUGCUAGGCAUAGUGCUGACCACUUUAUCCCUUCAUAUGCCGUGGUCAUGAAAGAUAAACUCUACUUCAUCUGCCUGAUUAGGUCUAAAGUGGAAUCUUUACUACUUUACAUUACUAGAAUACUCUGCAGAGUUUAAUGUUCGUUCUACAAUAACUGUUUGUUUUUUAAAUUUUUACCUUCAUAAUUUUUUAUACUCUGACAUAUACACGAUUUAUUUUUACAGUUAUAUACAUGCAUAAUAAGUUUUGUACCCUAUAAGGUUAUUUGGUUAUCAAAAUAAUUUAUUUUAAAUGGUUUAGUAAAAUAUUAUUCUUUUUCAGAUAAAAAGAACAGUGUAUUUAGUAUUUACCACAUUUCUUAUGUUUAAAUAUGCAGUUGAAGUAAAUUAAAAUACCUCAUUUUUUAAUGUGUUAUUGAAAAAAAGAUAAAGUUGGCCAAUUAUAUUAACUAUAGAGAUAAUAUUCUUCAAAAAUAUUUCGAUGUCAAUUUUCUUAAAUUUUAAAAUGCUCUUGCAAGCAUGCAUUUUAGUAAAUUAAAAAAAAGCUUCUAUUUCUCUUCGCUAUAUGUUAAAUUAGAUAUAUUGGUGAUUUAAUUUUUGUGAAGUUUCUGAUUAGGCCCUAUUUGUUCUGCAGAAAUGGUUAUUUACUUGACUCUUUUUAUGGUGUUUAUACUGUUUUAUUACUAGCGGGUAUUGCUUAUUAAUUUAUAUUUUAGAUUAUAGUCAGAACACCUAUAAAUACAAUGAUGUAUUUUAGGUAGGAAUACAAUUUUUAAAAAUAUUUUUUAAUGCCUGUAUUCAGCUAUACACUGAAGGUACCAUUGUAGUCAACAUUUUUAUUAAAGCCUAAUUUCUAGAAAAUUGUGAUCAUUUUUUAAAGAAUCUCAUGUUUAAGUAAAAUAAUACAAAAGCAAUGAAAUUUAGUAUCAGGUUUUGAAGAUCAAUCAGCAUUUGCUCUAAUUUCUUCAUCAAAUAUUCUUUUGAAUAUCUUUAAAUUCCUAGUUACUACAGAAUAUAAGUUCUUCUAUAGCUUAUUAACUUACUUUGAUGUCUUAUCGUUUGCUAUGGCUAGGAGUAUCACACUGGCUGUUAACAAUGCAAACUGUAAACCAUAACCCUAAGAUAUAGCAGUGCAUCCAUAACCUCAAGUGUUUGCCAUCUUGUUGAUAAAUCUAGUAUGUAAUGGUCUUUUAAUGUUUUAGGUAGGAACCACUGUUGACAAAUAUGGAGGCCAGAAUUCUUCUAUGAACAAACAAUUCAUUGUAUUAAUUAUCCUUAAAUGUUAUAUUCAUUGAUUAAAGGUGCUAGCAAUUUAUCUUUUAUUCUGGAGAAAUGUGAACCACAUGUAUUAGACGCUGAGUGAGUGCUGGUAUGUUGAGUGCAAGAACAUCAGGUCCAAUGAGUGAGUGCUGGUAUGUGGAGUGCAAGAACAUCAGGUCCAAUGAGUGAGUGCUGGUAUGUUGAGUGCAAGAACAUCAGGUCCAAUGAGUGAGUGCUGGUAUGUUGAGUGCAAGAACAUCAGGUCCAAUGAGUGAGUGCUGGUAUGUUGAGUGCAAGAACAUCAGGUCCAAUGAGUGAGUGCUGGUAUGUUGAGUGCAAGAACAUCAGGUCCAAGACAUGUAGAAAUUGAUGUUUUUAUACAUCUCUAGUGUCUGGAUGUGUAAUGCCGUACAUUGAUGCACUGUGUACUGGGAUUUUUUAAAAUAAUAACCCUGUUGAAGUUUGUCUACCAAACUUUUUUAUAAACUGUGAAUAUGUUAAUAGCAAUGAUGUAAAUACUGCAACUAUUUGUUUUCCAAUGUGAUAUUGCCAUUGUUUAUCUAGUCAUGUCUACCUUUUGUUUUAACUUAACAGCAGCAGUCAUUCUACAAUUUGUUUUGAUAUUUUAUUUUUCCACUCUGUAUAACAGUGCCAUCUCUACAAUCUAGUGAAAAUCUCACAUUGUUUUCUUUUGGUGAAAGCAA